AUGACUUUAAUAAUUUCAGUACCAUCAAUUGAUAAAACAAUUAAUUUUCCAUUUAAAAGUGAAAUAACAAUACAAGAAUUAAUUAAUCAAAUUUUAAAAGCAGUUAAUUUGGAAAACAAAGAUAAUAAUAAUAAUUUUAAAUUACAAUAUGAAAAUAGUGAAUUAUUUGAAACCGAUACAAUUGGUGAUUUAUCAAUUCCUGAUAAUUCAAAAUUAAUUUUAAUUAAUCAAUCAAAAUUAGUACCAACAACUACAACAACUACAACAACAACUACCACUACUACUAAUAAUUCUAAAAAUGUUAUUGAUUUGGAAUAUAAAAAAAUUGAAAUGUCAAAUAGUAAUGAAUUUUUAAUUAAACAAAUUGAUAUGAUUGUAUUAGAUGUUUCAUGUUCAAUGACAGCUGUGGCAUAUAAUGGGUCAACAAAACCAGGUUUGCUUGAAAUGAAUAGAAGUGAAGUUUCACAAGCAUUAUUUCAAACAAUGUUGGAUAAAUAUGUUUCAUUUGAAGUACCAGUAGUUGCUGGUUUAGUAUUAUUUGGUCAAAAAAUUGAUACAGCAUUUGAAAUUAGUAAAAAUUUUGAUUCAUUUUCACAAGAAUUGGGUGAAGUUGUUGCAAAUCAAGGUUCUACAAGAUUAUAUGAAGCAAUUUAUCAUGCAGCAAAUGAGAUUGAAAAAUAUAGAAAUAAUCCAAAAGAGAAAUUAGCACCAGAUGUUUGUUGUAGAAUUUUCUUAUUAACUGAUGGUCAAGAUACCUCAAAUAUUAAUCCUUAUAAUGUUUAUCAAUAUUUAAAACCAUUAAAUAUUAUAUUGGAUGCAAUUCCAAUUGGUAGAGAUGAUAAUAGUACAUUAUCAACUCUUACUAAAGCAACUGGUGGUAGUUGUUUCAUGGCAAAUUCAACCCAAGAAGGUGUUGAACUAUUUGAACGUGAAGCUUUAUUAAUACCAACUCAAAGAGAUUCCUUCUCUCCAUUCUCUUCCCCAAUUGAAAAUGAACAACAAUUUUCAUCAUUAAAAGGUGAUUUAUUGAAAACAAUCUCUCGUAAAGUUGAUAGUGCUCUUAAAGGUAUAACAUGUGUUUCAAAAAUUGAUCAACAAAAACUUGAUGAAAUUUCAAAUAAUAUUAAUAAUGGUAGUGGUGCUGGUGGUACAAGUAAAAGAAUUUAUAGAGAGUAUAUCAGUUUUCAAAAAUCAAUUGAAGAAUUAAAUAAAAAUGGUAAAUCAUCAAUAUUCACACUUUAUGCAAAUCCAAAUGAUAUUUCAGUUUGGAAAGUUAUAAUGAAAGGUGUAGUUGAUACACCAUAUGAAGGUGGUCAUUUCGUACUCUCUGUUCAAUUUCCAAAUAUCUAUCCAUUUGCACCACCAAAAGUUAGAUUUGAAAAUCGUAUCUAUCAUUGUAAUAUCAAUACUGAUGGUAAUAUAUGUUUAGAUAUUUUAAAAGACCACUGGUCUGCUGCUAUCACUACUGAAAAAGUUUUACUUUCAAUUCAUUCACUUUUAUCUAAUCCAAAUCCAAUGGAUCCAUUAGAUGUUGUAAAAGCUGGAAUUUAUCGUGAUAAUAUUACAGAAUACAAUGCUCAAUGUAAAAAAUGGGUUCAAGAUUAUGCCUCCUCACUUGAAGAUUUAUUAAAAGAACAUGACUUAAUUUAA